GCGCGUAUGUGUGUGUGUGAGAGAGAGAGAGAGAGCUGCGCGCGUCACCCAGGCUGCUCCUCUGAGACACACGGCGUGUCUGCGUGUGUGUGUGUGUGUGUGUGUGUGUGUCUAAGUGUGUUCAGUCUGCCAGCAGCGCCGCAUGCUCUGGAUUACGCGAGGCCCUACUUUUCAUCGCCGUGGCGACACUCAGCCCUCGGCCGCGGAGAGCAGCGCACACACACACACACACCGGAGGCGCUCGGAGCCGAGAGCAGCAGACACACACACCGAGAGCCACGGAGAGGAGGGCCGAGGAGCACGACUGUGGAGUGUGUUUUCACUGGGAGUUCACGUGAGGCAGUGCGAGUGCGUGAGUGAGUGAGAGAGUGUGUGUGUGUGAGUGAGUGUGUGUGUGUGUGAGUGUCGGGGGUGUAAGCCUCCGGUCCUCUCCAUCUUGUUGUUGUACUAGAGCGUCUCAGUGAGAUUUGUUUCUGUUCUGCCGGAGGGACGUUUGACUUCUGCAUCUCUGUGUGUUUGGGAACGUUCUCCCGCCACGUUCUCCCGCGAGGUUCUCCCCCGCGAGGUUCUCCGGUGUGGUGUGUGUCGGCGGUCGGUUCCGUAGUGGGUUCCGCGGGGUCCUGCGCGGUGGAUGGAUCACUCGUUGUUCGGCUGUCUGCGGAGUCCUCACUCCCCGGCGCAGACGCUGCACCCGGCCUUCGCCCCGUCUCCCCUCGCGCUGCACGGACGCUCCGACCACGUCUCCUACGCCGACCCCCCCUGCGGCUACCCCUCCGGCGACGAGGCCGCCUUCGGCCCGGGGGGGCCCCACCGCUCCCACCCCCCCCACCAGCAACCCCCCCCCCAGCAGCAGCACCCCCCCCACCACCACCACACACAGCACCAGCACCAGCACCAGCCCGCAUGGCACCUGAGCCAGAUGCCCCCCCCCUCCACCGGACGCCACGCGCUGUGUGUCCCGCACCCUGACACGCAGGCCGGGGGGGCCGAGAUGUGCGGGGCAGGGGGCAGUGGGGGUGGGGGGGCCGGGGGGGGCCUGUGCCCCCCCACCAACUCGGCUCUGGGGGCCGGAGGAGAGGCGGCCGGGGCCGGGUGUGUGUCGGGGGACUACGGGCGACAGACGCUGUCGCCAGCGGAAACGGAAAGGAGGAACAGUAAAGGGAAAAGUGACAGCUCAGACUCCCAGGAUGGGAGCUACAAGGCUGACGUGAGCAGCAAGCCCAGGAAGGAGCGGACGGCCUUCACCAAGGAGCAGAUCCGAGAGCUCGAGUCCGAGUUCGCCCACCACAACUACCUAACGCGCCUCCGCCGCUACGAGAUCGCCGUCAACCUCGACCUCACCGAGAGACAGGUAAAGGUGUGGUUCCAGAACAGGCGCAUGAAGUGGAAGCGGGUGAAGGGGGGCCAGCAGGGGGCAGCGUUGCGGGAGAAGGAGCUGGGCAACGUGAGGAAGGGCACUCUGCUGCCCUCCGACUUCACGGGCAUCAUGGGCCUCCACCACGGCAACGCCAAUGCCAACGCCUCCCCUGGCAACGACGACAGCCGCGACAGCGACCAGAGCUCUGAGCACGCCCACUUAUGAUCCCGACCCCCCCACAGGAACG